GAUUUACUAACGUUUACUCAUUGAAGGGAGAAGCAUCUAGGGCCUGUUUCUACGAACGCAGUCUACAGGUGCUAACAAGAACUAUCCAUAUUCAGCGUUUCGUUGAAGUAGAAAAACCUGUCCUAGAGAUAAUACUACCUCAACCGCACAGCUCGCCAAAUCUCAGCAAUGAAUGAGGCUUUCUACGCAUAUCAAUUCCUUGGGAGGAUUGACGGUUUCUAGCAAUAACGUUUCCUCAACAAACUGACGUAUAGUGAGAGCGUUAUAAAUAUGAACAGAGAAUUUUUUUUUUAAAUUCUUAUCAACGCUACUAAUUACUAAUUAAUAAUGGUUUGGAAUUUUGGUAAAACUGAAUCUUUGUGUAUAAUAAUAUAUCUGAUCACACCGUCUUUUUCCUUUUAUUUCGACAUGAAAGUUUAGAGAAGAAGCCACAUUCAAAUUUAGCUGAUUAUCAAUAAUCUGUAUAUUUUGAAUUUUGAGCUUUAUUUAAAAAGAAAGAUGAGUGAUUAUGAAUUAGAUUUAGAUUUAGAUGAAGAAAUUAGUGACUACGAACUGAAUGAAAAAAAUGAGAAUGAGUCUGAUGAAGAUACUGAAGAUGCCAGUGAAACUGAUAUGGUUAAACAAGAAGAAGAAUACACUGAAAUCAAAGAGCAAAUGUAUCAAGAUAAACUUGCAAAUUUGAAAAAGCAAUUAAAGCAACUUGAAGAAGGUGUCCAUCCAGAUUAUCUCAAGCGUUUGAAAAAAUUAGAACAAAAUUACCAAACUCGACAGUUGCUAAAUCAGGUGUUUGAGAGAGUGGAAAUUGAAAGAGUUGAACGUGAUCAUAUUCUUGAAAAAGAAGCUGCUCAUAAAGAAUAUGAAGAGAAAAAAAUAGAAUUAAGAGAAACUCUUAUAUCUGAUUUGGAGGAAAAGAAGCGGAUGAUUGAAGCUGAGCGAAGUAGCAUGGAACUUACUAGCGAUAAGAGCUCACUGCAGCUAGCAGAUCAUGCAAUCGCCAGAAGACUUAUCCUUGAAGAUUCGAUGGAAGUAAAGCCAGUCACUACUAGAAAACUUCGUCGUCGACCGAAUGAUCCUUUGCCGGUACCUGAAAAGAGACGCAAAACUUUGCCAACUCUGAACUUCCUUUUGGAUGACAAUGAAAUUAUGGAAGACCUGAGACUAAUGAAUAGGAAUAAGAGUUCACCUUCAGGUAAAAGACAUGACAGUUGUGAAGGAUCACCAAGUGAUCAACGAGCAACUUCAAUAGAAGUUAAAGUUGAAGAUGGAAAAUUAUAUUAUGAUAAAAAAUGGUAUCAUCGAGGUCAACAGAUAUACUAUGAAGGAAAAGAAAUUGGAACCAAGAAUAGUGGCUUGAUUUGUACAAUUAAUCCAACUGAAGUAUGGAUUAAACGUACUUCUGAUGGUAACAAGAUCCGAAUUUAUAUCUCUCAGUUGCAAAAAGGCAAGAUAACAAUCAGGCGGAGAUCUGCUUAGUUGGAAAUAAUACUUUAUAGAUGAAAUACUCAACUCUUUUUCAUUUGUUAUAAGACUGGAGUGAAAAUAGUAGUUUGCUGUGACAUGAUUAUUCAUCUGUAUUUAUACUCUCAUAAAAUCAUAAAAACGGGGUUGUAUUCUUCAUUUAUUUAGUAUUUGUUAAAAUUUGUGACAUGGCGCGAUUUCUUACAUAAGCAAUUAAUUUAUUCUCGUAUUUAAUAUUCAAAGCAACAAAAAUGUAUGUAAUAAUUCAAAUAUACUCGUAUAAUACAAGUAUACUCGAUUUAUUUUGCACAAGGAUUAUUAUGCUGUUAUACAUAAUUAUAUAUGACGUUAUGCUUUUUUUAUGAUUUAUUCUCUUAUUUAAUGCUCAAGAAUAUAAAAAUAUACGUAACAUUUCAAAUCGGCACAAGAUUCUCGAUUUAUAUUGCACAUUUUGUUAUACCGUUAUAAUUGUUAUGCAGUUAUAUUUAAUGUAGGAUAUAUCAAAAGAAUAAACAUUGUGGUAAUUUAUCUUUUUUUUUUAGUUUUAAUCUCUUAAUAACUGUAUAAAUGCUCAAACUGACAUAAAUGAAUGUAAGUGUUUACUACCUGGAAAUAAUUUUAAAAUGAUUUUUAGAGCUUUGUUUGAGCAGGUAUUUUAUUGAAGGCUCCCAGAUUGUGGUGCCAGCAGAUUCUGGAAAGUAUUUUAUGACUAAAAUCUUAAGAAAUCUUUGAGGCAGAGAAAUAUUUCAAAUGUAAUUUCAUUUUUAUGUGUGUGAUAAUAAAAAAAGUAUGAUAAAAUCCUUCAAAUAAAACAGUAGUUUAAUAAUAAAACCCUUGUUUAAUAUAGUGAACCAUAAAGAACUAUUAAGAAUUAUUCAAAAUAAUUCUUUAUUGUUUCUUGGCUUAAACUCGGUUGAUUAUAUCUCUUAAAUGUCAACUAUCUGUCGUAGUCUUUCCACAUUUUUCUAUAUAUGUAUCUGGAAUAUCACUUCUGAUUCCAGAAAAUGCAGUAUAUAUGUAAUCAUGAUCUUGUCACGCGUAAAAAAAAAUAGUUUAGAUAGAUGAAGUUGCUGGUUCUUUUUUCCUUUCUUUAUAUGCAUGAAGCCAUUCUGUGUUUAAAAUAAUUUUCUUUGCUAAUUGCCUCUAUUUAUUACUCAUGUAGGUACAAAUAUUUUGUUAAAUCCUAUGUUAUUAGUCUGUUUUUUCAUAUUAAAGAGUAUGAUAAAAUGGAA